GUCACUUAACAAAAGAAUGAAGACUAAAGGAUACCAAGAAACACUUUUAGACUUAAAUAGAUCAUUAGAAAUUAACCCAAAUGAUUCAUGUGCUUUGAAAAUAAAACCAAAUGAUGCAUUUGCAUUGACUAGUCGAGGAGAAAUUUACUAUAUGAUAGAAAAAUAUGAAGAAUCACUUGUGGACUUGAACAAAUUAUUGGAAAUAAAUUCGAGUGAUACAUGGGCCUUAGGAAAAUGUGGGGAUGUUUAUCGUUUGAUAAACAGACACGAUGAAGCCCUUGCUGAUUUAAAAAGAUUUCUAGAUAUUAAUCCAGAUAAUGAUUUGAUCUUGAGAAUAUGUGGAGAAGUUUAUCGUAAGACAAAUAAAUAUGAAGAAGCACUUGAAGUUCUAAAUAAAUCAUUAAAAAUAAAAUAUCAUGUAAGAACAUUGGAGAUACGUGGAGAAGUUUAUCGUAUGAUGCAUAAAUAUGAAGAAGCACUUAUUGACAUAAAUAGAGUUUUAGAAAUAAACCCAAACAGUAGAUUUGGACUACGAUCUCUUGAAAAGAUCGGGAAAUAUGAUAAACGAACACGAUUACGCCAUGAACACUAUUACAACAUAGAUUGGAACAUGGAUGAUAAUGCAUAUUUAGAUUCUGAUGUAAAAAAAUGUGAGUAUUGGAACCAAUGGUGCCGUCUAGGAUGCCAGAGAGUAGAAUUAAAAUUAAUUGAUUCAAUAUUUGACCUUAUAAAAGAAGUUGAAUCAAGUGUCCAAGUAGCGGACAAUCCAUUCUUUAUCCAAGUUCUGGGGAUUUCUCAAGAUCCUCAAACACAAAUUUACAUAAUAGUAACGGAGUUUGCGUCUGGUGGUAGUCUUCACAAUCAUUUAACCAUCAACACUAAUAAUUUGACAUGGGAAGACAAGAUCAAACUAUUAUGGUGUAUUAGCAAUGGACUUUAUUAUUUGCAUAAUAAAAAGUUGAUUCAUCAAAACCUUUAUCCUGGAAAUCUUUUAUUUACAGAUAAAGGAUUUUUAAACAUUGGAAAUCUUGGUUCACAAUCUAAUAAAAUUUAUGGACCUUUGGCUUACGUGGCUCCUGAAGUUUUAGAAAGGAAAAUUUAUACUAUGGAAUCUGACAAUUCACAUGACGAUUAUCUAGCAUUGAGUAUUUGUCAAGGUUUACGUCCAGUAAUUCCCUCUAGUGUACCACUGCUAUUAACCAGAUUGAUAGUGGAAUGUUGGGAUGCUGAGCUAGAGAAAAGACCAACUUCUAAAAAAUUAUUUACCAUAAUAAAUAAAUGGUUAAUAAGCGUGGCACAUGUGGUAUUUGAUGAAUUUAACACAUCAACAACAACACCACAAUCCAACGCUGAAGAUCUUGUUACCAAUGAUCUUCCAUCACCACCGGAUUUUAAUUAG